AUGCCCUCUGAGAAGCUCCACCACCGCGCCAUGUCCAUGUUCAGACGCAAGGCCGAUAGCAUGCAAAUACUGAACGCGGCCGUACCCUUCCGUGUCAGUCCCAGCUGCCAAGAGCAGGUACACGGUGUCGAGGCGGCCGUUCUCCGCUGCCGCUUCGAGAGCUGUACGGCCGGAGCCCUGGCCCCGGCGAGCGUUGAGGUCGGCGCCACGAGCGAUGAGGCGCUGGACCAAACCGACGUGCCCUUUUCCAGAGGCCAGUUGUACCGAAACUACAUAAGAACUGAUGGCGGUGGCGAGGGCAGUAUCACGAUUCGUUCCUCGUAUGGCGUUUAUGUCGACAUGGCGAGCGAGCAAGGCCUUGACGAUAUCCACGCGUCCUCGGCGGACUGCGAUGCGGAGUGGUGUAUCAUUGCGCCAAUAAUCCCAGUCCACGUCGACAGCACACCUCGCGUCAACAUCUUCACAGCUCUCGAGUAUUCUCUCGAUGAGGCCAAAUGGCAGCUCUCGAUCGAUGGUAGCACACAAGGUGAAACCGUCGGCCUUAUAUCCCGCCUCUAG